ACGUCAACAAGGUUUUUAGUUUCUUUGUUAUUUGUGUUUUACGUAACCCAUUUUCAACUCCUGCUGUCAAGCUUUGAGGAAUGUUUCUGGUGAAAGCAUACUGAUGUUUAGAAGUGCACAUUUUAAAUAUAGUUUGCUUUGAAGGUGAUGAGUAAGUCGGGUAACAGCCCCCUCCACCUGGCUGCCUUGGCGGCGGCCAACAAGCCAGUGAAAGCCCUGGGAGUGGACCUGGGCUGUAUCAUUGAGCUGCUGGAUCAGGGGGCUGACCCGAACACAGUGAACCAUGCCGGGCGCACGGCCCUGCACGAGGCCUGUAGCGGGGGCCACGAGCCCGUGGUGGCGCUCCUCCUGAAGUAUGGAGCGGACAUCAACCAGCUGACCACCGCAGGGGAAAACUGCCUCUUCCUGUACCUGGAUCAGAAGCUCAACCUGAGGCACACCUCUCUGCUGUGGAAGCUCCUCACCAUGACCUACCCCCUGACCAUCAGCAACAGAGAUGGCCACCUGCCCAGCUCUUUAAUGCUCCCAGAGUACUUUGACCAGCGGGACCAGCUACUGAACCUGUGCCAGCAGCCUAGGAGCCUCAUGGACAUAUGUAAGAUCCACAUCUACCAACGUUAUUGGAAGAGUCAUGGUAGAGAAUGCCUGAAGCAGGUUCUGCCAGACAGCGUGCAUGACUUUGUGUUUAACCAUUGGGAAAACGCAUGUGAUGUCAUGUUUGUUAAGGAGGGUGAUGACAUCCCACCUCGGUUCCCCCGCUUUCCCAAUAUGGAGGACUUCACCAUGCCUCAAGGAGUCUAACUCCUCCUGUCCAAGGAGAUGAAGGGGCUACAGCAUGUUACUUUAACAUUUUAACACACAUUACCUCAACAUAUUCCAUGAAUCUCCAGAGAUAUGGAGAGGUUCACAAGUGAUCAACCUCAUCAGAGAGCCGCAAACCCUCCUUUGUUAUUAUUUGA